CUUCAAGUUGCCAUCGAGCGUUCGUCGCCUGCAGUUGUCCCCAAAGUGUUUAACUGUUCAUUUUUAUAUAUAUUUUAAAUAUAUUUUUAUAUAUUUUAUUCUAUUGUGAAGAUAGUUCCAUUUGUGCAAAAUGUCCGCAGUAACCAAAGGCAUUUAUAUUGUGGCCGCUAAGCGCACGGCUUUUGGAACUUUCGGUGGUGCUCUGAAGAACGUGAACCAAACACAGUUGCAGACAACGGCGGCCAAGGCGGCUCUGGAUGCGGCAGGACUCAAGGGGGAACAGGUGGACACGGUGAUCGUGGGCAAUGUGAUAGCGUCCGCCUCCACCGAUGGAAUCUAUGUGCCACGCCAUGUGGGUCUCAAUUGUGGCGUUCCUAUUGAAAAGCCUGCGUUGGGCAUUAAUCGUCUUUGCGGUUCCGGCUUCCAGUCGAUUGUCAAUGGUGCGCAGGACAUUUUAGUGGGUGGUGCCAAGGUCGCACUCACCGGUGGGGUGGAGAGCAUGUCACAGACUCCGUUCAUCGCCCGAAACAUGCGCUUUGGCACCACAUUGGGCGCCAACUACAAUCUGGAGGAUGCCCUGUGGGCAGGUCUAACUGAUACCUACUGCAAGCUCCCCAUGGCUUUGACAGCUGAAAAUCUGGCCGAUCAGUAUAAGAUCUCCAGGGAGCGUGUGGAUGAGUUUGCGCUGCGUUCGCAGAAGAACUGGGAGAAGGCACAGCAGGAGGGCGCCUUCAACGCUGAAAUUGCGCCCAUCAAACUGAAGGUCAAAGGCAAGGAGGUUGACUUUGUGGUGGACGAGCAUCCACGUCCCAAGACCACAAUCGAGGGUCUGGCCAAGCUGCCGUCGCUCUUCAAGAAAAACGGCACUGUCACGGCGGGCACAGCUUCCGGCAUUUGCGAUGGUGCUGCCGCUGUGGUUGUUGCCUCCGAAGCGGCACUCAAGGAGUACAAUCUGAAGCCGCUGGCACGCCUUGUUGCCUUCUCCUUUGUGGGCGUCAAGCCAGAGAUUAUGGGCAUUGGACCAGUGCCUGCCAUACAGAAUGUUCUCAGGGUCGCUGGCAAGAAACUGGAGGAUAUUGAUCUAAUUGAGAUUAAUGAAGCGUUUGCUGCACAAACCCUGGCCUGUGCCGAUGCCCUUAAGCUGGAUCCAUCCAAGUUGAAUGUGAAUGGCGGUGCCAUUGCCUUGGGUCAUCCUCUGGGCGCCAGUGGUUCCCGCAUCACCGGGCACUUGGUGCAUGAGCUGCAACGCAAGAAACUCAAGUAUGGCAUUGGAUCCGCCUGCAUUGGCGGUGGUCAGGGCAUCGCUCUGCUGCUGGAGUCUGUUUGAAUGGAAACCCUGCUGCUUUUACGAUUAGAUUAGGCAUUUUUAAUUGAUGAAAAUAUAGAUUUAUGAACUGA